UCCGCCGGCAAGCGCUCCCGCAUCCCACAGCUCCCACAGUGCUGCUGCUGCGGAGAGCAGUGAGAGCGGGAGGCCAGCAGCAAUAAAAGGCAGCAGGGCCCCCUCCGUGCCUCACCGCCCACAGGCAGAGUCCCAGGAGCCAGGCACAGCUCUGGGGUCCCAUUGGAGAGGGCUCUCCCAGCUGGCUCCCACCGAAGGCUGGAUUUGCCGUUCCUCUGCCCCAUCUCCCACACGCGCAGGUGAACGGAUUUGGCACCCACUGCACUCUCAGGCACCCCAGAAGGCUCACCACCACCAUGGCUGCUGGCCUGGAGAAAGCCUGCCACCGGUGCAUAUCUAAAAUUGCCAGCAAUGCAUGCUUUAUAUUUGGGCUCCUCGCUUUCCUCGCCUUACCACUGUCCAUGACUUUUAUAGGAAUGAAGUUUUUGGAAGACUGCCCAGUCCAGCCACUGAUUCCCUUGUAUCUGUUGGUGGGUGGUGUGAUUGGCAGCUUAAAGGUGACUCUCCUGCUGUACGACUCAACCAGGAUGAGGCAGCUGCUUUCCAAGUCUGUUGUGAUUGAUGAUGAUGAUGAUGACGAGUAUCCCUGGAGGCAGAAUGCUCACAAGUACUACGUCCAUCUAACCCUCAGCCUUUUCCUCUUUCUCUGGUUCAUUCUUGGGAACUACUGGGUUUUUUCUGUGUAUCUGCCAAAUUUCAUCCCGCCUUUUCAUCAGCCUCAGGAUUACUGUGACAAAACCCUGUACAUUUUUGCUGUUGGUGUUCUCAUUAUUAGCCAUACUGUUCUGUUUCUCCUUAUCUUCUGUAGCUGCUGCAUAUACUGUUUUUCCAGGCAAAGAUUCUCUUCUGAGGAAGACUAAAUGCUACAUAAAUAAAUCUCCAUGUUUGGGAAAGUGUGUACAACAAAGAACAGGCAAUAAUUCACCCUUGUGUACAUCUUUGUUGUAUGAUAUAUAUGUGUGAUAGCAGUCAGCUUCAAGGGGAAAUCAAAAAAUACAGUGCCAUCUGGAAAUAGCUAUGCUGGAAUACAGCAUAGUCUAUGCAAAAAUGUUGCUGCAGGUGCUAGGGUGUACUCCUGCUAACUUUUACAUCCCAUUUUUUAACUCUGGAUGUUUUACCAGGAGGGAGCUCUUGCAGAUGGCAAACUCCUCUAAAACCAGAUCCCCCUUAUGCUGUAUAUAGCACAGGACAUUUUUGCCUAUAAAAGUAGCCAUGUUGUUCUCUUCACUGGGAUCUGAACAUCUCCACACAGUCUUGCUGAGGUUUGCUAUUGUCCCUGAGUUAUAGAUGAGGGAGCUGAGACAAAGGGUUGCACUCAGGCCACUUUGCAGAGCACAUGGACUCUGCGGACUCUGGCAGUAACUGAGAUGCUCACUAGAGAGCUAUUCAGGCCCCUGUCAGACUGGCCAGUAAGCAGCUGUGAUAGCAAUAGGAGCUUGUAUAAAAUGCAGCCUGAAUAUGGCCCUCAGGUCUCUUCUGAAGUUGGACUAGGAAGCAUCUAUAUCUAACUUUGGGGCUAAAGCAGACAGUAUGAAUACAUCCAUAUAUGUCCAAUACGUCCAAAGUGAGCCAAGGCUGCUUUGCAAGUCUUCGGCAGAACAAAGAACUGAGCUACUGAGUGUCAGACUGGUGCUUCAACAGGGCUCAGCAUUCCCCAGUCAGGGGAUACACUUUCUAUAGCAGUAAUUUGUCAAUACCACACUAACACAAAGAUUACUGUCGAACCAUUGUGAUCAAGUUAAUAGAAAAACUGAUGAUGUUACCUUGGUAUUUUGAAUAUAGACCACAACAAUAAGACUUGGGUGGGGAUGUGAGAAUUUCAGGCAGAUGUGUUCUCUACAGCAGUUCUCUGGUUGUGGUGUGAAUGUACAUUUGAUUUAUUCUUCUUGGUGCUGUACAUAUGGAAAUCUGUACUUAAUGGACAGAUGCAAUGCAAGCAGUUUUUCAGUCAGCAGCAGCAGCAGCAGCUUUAAAAGCACCAGCAUGCAGAGAGACAAUUUUUUUUUUGUGACAUGUAAUGGAACAACCCCAGAAGUGGUCCUGGUAGAUUGUUUUUUCAUGUGUUGAUGAAUGCAGUGUAAAAGUGCUCUUUCUGCUUUUGCUCUUAUGCACUUAUGUCAAUGUGGUCAAAAUGGAGGGACUCCCCUCUGGAUGAGCUUGAGGGUGGCCCAAGGCACAGGAAAAGAUGUGUGUUUUGUGUAUUUUGGCUGUUAAAACCCACACAGCUGAAACUUGCGUUUUAGAGAAAUCCAAAAGGGUUAUAAAAUGCCUGUGAAAAGGUGAGGUAUGUAAAAGAGCUCAACAAUAUGCCACAGCUGAACAGGAUCUGCUCAACCAUCCUUCCUGGGACUGAGCCUGAAAGCAGUGUAACAUCUGUGAGAACCACCUGUCUUCAAACAAGAACAUUUAUCUCACCAGCUAUUGUAUAGAUAAGCCUGCAUUUGGUUUACAAGGAUUUUAAUUCAGGUCCCAGAUUUAUGAACUGUUUAUUUCCAGAGAACUAAUCUUAGAAAGAAGGUAGGACAAAGAUGAAAUAAUCUGACAUGAGGGCAGUGUCAGUGUAGCAUUCCCCUGCUCUGCAGCAUCCAUUCAGGACAGGUCACAGCCAGGCUGCCCCAUUGAGAAACCAUGGAAUAGGUAUUACUAUUACUGCUGGCUUAGGCCAUGCACAGUUUUAUGUAGGGAAAUGGGACCAGUGGAAAUCUUUCCUUUUAUUUGUGGGCCUCAGAUUGGAUCUGGGAAAAAUCACUGGCUCUGUUUCUCAAGGAGUUGCUCUACCACACUCUCCACUGCCCCUCACUUUUCUGAAACAUAACUGCUGCCAAUGGUGAAAAUGCUAGAAUUCCUCUUUCCCACCACAACAUUACAAUGGCUCACCACCUGGGCUUCAGGAUUUCAGGGUUCAGUUCUGAACUGAUCUAUGGGAUUUUACCUUCAGUGGAGAGCAUCUUUCAUUUGUUAAGAACCCAAAAUGUUUAAGAAAUUGCCUAUCAGAAGGCAUAACUCCAUCCAUCACUCAAAUGCAACAGAGCAGCUGUUUAUCAUUACACAGGAACUUCACCCAGAAGCCUGGAACAGGCAUAAAACCAGAAAAUUAUACUCAGUUGUCGGUGCAAAAGAAAUUUAACAAAAAAGUAGCUCCACCCACAGGGCCCCUGUACAAACUUCCCAGUUGGAAAAUACUGCUAGAAUCACUCUUAAUCACCAGGAAUUAAGGGCUAAUACUCCUGAACUAAGUCUGAAUUGAUUGUUGUGACCUCACAGCAAGUGAUGAUGUUCUCCUAUUGGAGCAAAUAAGAGGAGAUUUUAGUUUGGCCCAGACGAGAAGAGCUGUAAGGUGACAUUGCCUUGUGUUUGCUGUGUGCUUUUGUGAGCAUGGGUACAGCAGCUCAGCAGAUGUGCAAUGAUUUGCCAAACUUCAGCCACACAACAGUAAAGCUGAGGCCUAUGCUUCAUUCAUGGAGGCUAAGACUGACUGAUUCUCCACAGUCUGACAUGGAGGAUUAAUUCUUCAUAUAUGAGAACCCAGGGUAUUCACUGACAUCUUGGGAAAGUGCUGCUAAGUCACUGUGCUAGUGCUCAACACCUGGUUGGUACAAACACAAAUUUAUAGAGGUUGUAUUAAUGAGGCAAAAGACAUUUUUGAAAUACUUUGAAGUUAUACAAAAUGAACAAAACCAAAACACUUUGCUACAACCAAGACAGAAAAAUUCUGCACUGAUAGUAUUUACUGAUAGUAUUGCACUGAUAGUAUUUGAUGUACCUUGUGUAGAUCAAUAUGCUAUGGCACAUAUGAGUGAGAACAUCAACACCUCCAAAACAGUUGGAGCCAUCAAUUCUGUGCCCAAAGGGAUCUAAGCAUGCCUUCUGCACUUUCAGCAGACUGGAAUCUUGCAGGACUGGAGCAGGGAUACCUGGUUUGGACAUGUGAUUAGAUACACCUGAGUCACAGUGACUCUUCUGACCCACCAGCUGCAUAGUUUCUCUCAAGUUGCCCCAGUAGCACUCAAAUCUACAUGAAAACAGUUUAAUUGAAAACGCUUUAUCUCACUUAGGGGCAAGCUAUGAAUGUGUGCAUGGUCCACAGCACCUUAACUUGCAGCAGCAUUUUGAAUUGCCACAAACUGAUGGUGUCCCAGACAAUUGCUCAGGCCCUACAGAAGUAGGUGUGGCACCUCAGCAAACAGCUGUGGGGGAAUUAAGUCAUUACAGCCCAAAGGUCAAGCAGCUGAAAAUACAGUCUACACCUUAAAAUGUUUAAUUUGAAUUUUGCCACUAGACUAAAAUUACAAAUUGAGAAUGUUAAUUUUCUUCCCACAGUUAUAUAAAUGUCUACUGAAAAACUGAACAAAAUACACCCUUAAGCUAAUUAUUAUGCACUCAAUGUUGACUACAAUGCAGGAAACCAGCUCUCUUUCAGUUAUAUCAGCUCCCCUUCUUGAGAAGGAAAGCUCUAUUUCCAGUAUUUAAAGGAAAAAAAAUAUACAUUACUCCAAUGGCUAGGAUAGCCAGCUCACUGCUAGUUGUGAGUACUACAGAAAUCUAGUAGUAUGAAGACCCAAAGCCAAUUCUGUCUGCACACACUGACUCUAUACACACACAUACAAGUGCACUGUCAGGAGCCAUGAAAUAAGUUACACUUAUUACAGUUUAUUGCCCACAGUGUAUUUGUCCUCCCACUACUCCACCUUCUUUAGCAAUAGGCGUAAGAUUCCAAAGCUCUAGAGAGUAGCUUUCCACAGCUAUUUUAGAAGCAGCAGACAGACAAGCAAUCCUUCACUCCAAAUGUUGAACACAGACAGCUCCUACCUGCUGGCCCAAAGAAGAGAGAAAAGAAGAGCAUCAGACAUACCACAGACCUCAUCUUCCCAGGACUGGAAACCAGAAUGCUGUGCUGUCAGAGAAGAUGAUCUCUCUCACAGAGCACUUGCUCUGAGUUUUAUGAGGUCCCAAGACAUCAGACUUAAAACUACAAGGUAACUGUGCAGAAAAAAAAAAAUAACCAAGAAUAGCUUCUGCUUCUUUGUGCCAAGAGCUGUUUCAAAUGUCCCAGAUCCUGAAAUAGGAACAGUUGGUGUAAAAGAUCCUAAAUGCUUUGACUUUACAGGCAAAGGGCUACAAAGAUGAAACUGAUGAUAACUCAUAUAUAUUGUACAACAUUUUAAACUAGACCAGUUUCUGUAAGCUUUCUUGAAUCUUUUCUCAGAUAAUUAAUAUUCUCCAAAUUCUAGUUGGUAGGGACUUUGCAUCACAAAGAGGACACUUCUAUUUCUACAUGUAAUGCAGAAAUGAUUGUUACAUCGGGACUGCGAUUUGAAACUGUUGCUUGGUGGCAUAGGUUUCUUCAGGUUCCUGUUCGCUGCUGGAGUAGAUGCAGAUCCCUCAGGUAUCAGCCAUAGGAAGAAACAGAAAAUGUUUUUAGAAAGUAUAGUACUUGAGGGAAAAUAAAAAAGGCUGGCAAGUGCCAUCUGAUAUUGCAUAGUACAAGGAAAGUGCUGAAAAGAGCAAUGUCAUAUUGAAAGAUUUCUGAACAAAUUGUAUGGAAUUCUGAGAAAUCAUGUAUAUGUGUUUGUAACAAUGAAUUUCUACCAAAUGUCUCAUUUGAAUAAAAAUGAGUGUAAGUGCAUAAGACUAUGUGACUGCAGUCUAAAAAUUAAGGUACUUUACAUUUACCAGUCAUGAUAAUUUUAAUCAAGCCUGCUGCAAUUUUGCUGAGAUGAAUAGUUAUAUCAGAGACUGAUUUCGCCCACAGAUUUGAAUCUCAGCCAUACUGGCUCUUCUGUAUGAUUAGUAAUACUCCAGCCAAGGAAGAAUCCAUGAUUCCCUUCCCCAUGCUGCAGAACAGCAGCUCAAAUGUGAGAGAUGAAAAUUCACAAAUCACCAUACAAGAAAGCUUUCUUUUUUCAAGGUCCCCUUGAUGCCCAGAUGAGUUAGGUACCCGCAUGUGGAAGGAAGCCUACAAAAAAGAUGGAGAAGGACUUUUUAGAGCAUGUAGUGACAGGAUAAUGAGAAAUGGCUUCAAGCUGAAAGAGAGUAGGUUUAGAUUAGAUUAUAGGGAAAAAUUCCUCACUCUAAGAGUAGUGAGGCACUGGAACAGGUUGCCCAGAGAAGUUGUGGGUGCCCCAUCCCUGGAAGUGUUUAAAGACAAGUUGCAUAGAGUACUGAAUAAUCUGGUCUUGUGAAAUGUGUCCCUGCCCACACCAGGGGGGUUUGAACUACAUAAUCUUUAAUGCCCCUUUCAAUGAUACCUCAUGGAUUUGAUUGCCAGACCUUUUGAAAAAUAUUUAGCCUUUCAGUGUAAUAUGAAAUGAGUACACAGGAUGCAAACAGUGGAGAAAAAAGGCCACUAUUCAGUCUUAUUCACAAGCUGCUAUAGACAACAUGUUUUUAUUAUCACUGUUUACUUUUGUAUUACUAUUCUACUUCUGCUUCUG